AUGGAAGAAGCGGACAGCCUGCCGUGCUCGCCGGGCGCGGCGGCGCAAUCACCACUGCAGCCCAUGACGCCCGAUCGCGUCAACCAGCAGCGCGACUCCUACUUCGGAUCGCCGCGCUCCAGCCACGCGCGCGACAGCAGCAUACACGAUAAGAUCCAGGCCUUCAACAACUUGUCGCGCCUGGGCCCGGGGUCUGCGGCCAACAUGUCGAAACAGCUCGAGCGCAAGACGGCCGACGCCGCUCUGAAGCGCGCCAUGCUCGGCCGCGAGGAAGCCGAGAGCGACUUGCGCCGAUAUAGGGAAGAGGCGCGUCUGCUGCGGAAGCAGAUCGAGGAGGGCAAAGAGCGCGAGAGGAGAGUCGGUGAGAGAUUGGAGACAGUCAUGGAGAACUACGGGCGCGCAAAAGAGACCUACUCGCAUACGCAAGCCAUAUGGGAAAAGGAGAUUCGCCGCGCGCGCAAGGAGACCUUCAAGUCGCAGUCCAACAUUGUCAAACUGCAAGAAGAGCUCAAGGCUGCAAAAGCUGCAACCAAGUCCAAGGACGAGGUCCUCCAGCGCGAGAAGGAGAGAAGCCAGGCCAGAGAGCAAGAAGCGUUCACAGCACGCUAUGAGCUCGUUGGCGUCCAGGAACAGCUCCAGCAGGCCUUGGAGCGUGUCAAGGUCAUCGAGCAAGAGCGCGAUGCCUUCAAGACCCUCGCUCAGAACGAAGAAGUGGCUCGCAUAGCUGCCGAGGGACGCCUGCCCCUACCUAAGGCCGAAGAUAGCGACGACGAGUUCGCAUCACCGAAAAAGACCCGUGUGUCGCUUACGACUGCCGACAUUGCCUCUUCGGCAGCCAGCGAAGCCGAGAUCGACGAGUUGACCGAUUUAUGGCAGUGGGAGAGACAGAGGGCAAACCGCGCACAGGAGCAUAUCGAGUUCCUAGAGGCCGAAUGCCAGCUUCGAUGUUGCCCCUGCACCAAGUCACGGCUGAGACGCAGCCUCCUCGGAUCGGCUCGCAAGUCACGGCCGGAGCCUAUCGCCAUCCUAGACCCGUCCGACCUGGCCAUCCUUGGCCAGAAGGCUGCCUCGCCGCCAGCGCUGUCGCCAGCUGUGGAGGGAGACACUGUCAUUCAUCAGCCGUCCAUCGAGUCGCCGACAGAGGAAUCUGAUGAUGCCAGAAGCUUCCGGAGCUCCAAGGAGACCAAGGAGCCCAGACGUAGCACCAUAUUCAUACCGUCUGAGGGUACUUUUCGCACGGUAUCACAGACUGAACUCGACGCAAUGCAGUCCGUCGAGGAGUCACCAAUAGAGCCCAUGACCCCGGCAGAUCCGACGACGCCUGCGGACCCUGUUCCGGCUCCGAUGCACUACGCUCGGACGCCAUCCGUCGACCCGCCAACGUUUGCCCUCAUAGCCGCCGAGCGAGAGAGGACGUCCCUCAUGUCUCUCCUGAAUGCGCCUUGCGAAACGGAGUCGAAUUCAGCAGUAUUGAAUAUCCCCACGACCCCCGGAGACACGGUGAUGGGCCAGGAAGAGCCGGAGUAUUCGGACGCUGUCGUGGACGACGCGAGGCCAAAUCCAUCCACAGAAGAUGAAGCAAACUGUAGGCCACACACAUCCGCCGCCUUCUACACAGUCACACAGACUACCACCGUCCCCAUAGUUGAGAAGGAGAACGUCGACCCACGAUCUUACGCGAUGACAGGAAGACGGAAUCAAGUGCGAGGGCCCUCGUUUGACAAGACCAACCCUGCUCUGACUCCCACCAUGACGCGCGAGCAGGCCUUGGCACAGAUUAGAGAGCGCAGAGGCCGGGCCAGAAGUGCUGCGCAGGGGGCAGCGACCCCUCGCAAGCAGAUGGUGGCGGGCGGUGGCGAGCGUAGGGACGUGAGCGCGCCGGCCGGCAGAGCAGGCAAGGGCAGGAGCUGA